GCCUGCUGCAAGAAGCAGCCCCAACACUGAGAGGGCUUUUCUUCCAUCUGGGGUCGGGGGGGGGAUCCCCUGGCUGCCCCUUUAACCAUGAUUUUUCUGCUGUGGCUCUGCUGGGGAGUCUCACUCACCUCUGGGCAGCAGGACUCGGAGCUCCUAGCUAGGUAUCUGGAAGAGAGGUUGAUGGUGGAUUCUAACUUUCCCAACAAUGUGGCGCGCAGAGUCCCAAGACAGGGCCGAUUUCUGCAGAGGCUGGAGACCAGGCCGCGGAUGGCUGAAUUCACAGUCAAAUCCACAAUCAUUUCCCGCUAUGCCUUCACCACCGUUUCGUGCACCAUGGUGAACAGCGGGUCUGAGGCCAAGGAAGGCACCUUUGAGAUGCAGAUCCCAGCUGCAGCCUUUAUCUCCAACUUCACCAUGAUCAUUGGAGACAGGAUUUACCAUGGGGAAGUCACUGCGAAAGAAAAGAAAACCAGAAAUGAGGACAAAGAGAGGAAUAAUAAACAUUCUAGUCCCACAGAUGGUGGGGAGACCAGAGCUGAGACUUUCAAAGCCUCUGGCACUAUUCCACGCAAGACCCACGCCAUCUUCAUGCUGCAUUAUGAAGAGCUCUUGCAAAGGCACCUGGGAAAGUAUGAGUACACCGUCAGCGUCCGGCCCCAGCAGCUCGUGGGCAGGUUACGCGUGGAGGUGAACAUCCUAGAGAACUCGGGCUUCAGUUCUCUGGAGGUGCUGCCACUCCAAAACAGCAAGCAGAGAGGCAUCAAGAAAGUCAUAGAUGACGUCUCCCCACCUCCUUCUACUGUGAUCGGCCAGACGAAAACAUUAGCCAAAGUGACCUUCAGUCCCAGCGUUGUACAGCAAGCCCAGAUUGCCCGCAACGGCAUUCUGGGGGAUUUUAUCAUUCGAUAUGAUGUCAACAGGGAGCUGAGUGUCGGGGAUGUGCAGAUCCUGAAUGGAUACUUCGUGCAUUACUUCGCCCCCCAGAAUCUCCCUCCGCUGCCGAAGAACGUUGUGUUCGUGCUGGACAGCAGUGCCUCCAUGGUGGGAGCAAAGCUCAGACAGACCAAAGAUGCUCUCUUCAGCAUUCUCCGGGACCUAAGGCCAGAGGACCACUUCAAUAUUGUUGGUUUUUCUGACCGAAUCAAGGUCUGGCAAAAGGACCAUCUGGAGCCAGUGACUCCAAACAACAUAAGAGAUGCCAAGAAGUACAUCCAUAACAUCUCACCUACUGGAGGUACUAAUAUUAAUGAGGCUGUCCAGACGAGUGCAAAGCUGCUUAACAGUUACAUCGCUCAGAACGACAUUGACGCCAGGAGCGUCUCCCUAAUCAUCUUCCUGACAGAUGGGCGGCCCACAGUCGGGGAGAUGCAGUCCUCCAAGAUCCUCAGCAACACCAAGGAGGCCAUCCGCGAGAAGUUCUGCCUCUUCACCAUCGGCAUUGGCAACGACGUCGACUAUAAGCUGCUGGAGAGGAUGUCCCUGGAGAACUGCGGCAUGAUGCGGCAGAUCCAGGAGGACGAGGACGCAGCCGAACAGCUGAAAGGGUUCUACGACGAGAUAGGGACGCCCCUUCUCUCCGACAUCCGGGUUGAUUAUCCCAAAGACAGUGUGGAGCAGGUCACUCAGAACCUCUUCCCCAACUACUUCAAUGGGUCUGAAAUUGUCAUUGCCGGGAAGCUCAUCGAGCGCAACUCGGGCAAGCUCCACGUAGAGGUGACGGCCAGCAAUGCCAACAAGUACAUCCUCCUGAAAACCGACGUGGCCAUAGACGUCCCAAGCAAGAAUGACAUCAGGGGCUCUCCUGGCAUGGAGGAUGGCAAGGAGGCUCAGAAUUAUGCUGAAAGGGCAUGGAGUUAUCUCACCAUCAAGGAGCUGCUGACCUCCUGGUUGAAGAGUGAUGACAGGGAGGAGAGGCAACACUUGAUGGAUAAAGCCAAGUCAUUGGCCCUGACCUACAACUUCAUCAUCCCCUUCACCUCCCUGAAGAUGAAGGAGUUACAGGCAGACCGGCCUAAGGAGAUUCAUGCCAGUCCUUCUACUGAGGGCAUUGGGGAAAGAGCGCAGAGUUUGCAAGGACACAAAGUACCACCAGGUGUAUCCAAGCAACCAGACAAAGAAAGAAUUAAAAUAUCCAAAACAUCAGCGGAUGGAGACCCUCACUUUGUCAUUGAUUUCCCCUCCAGCAAGCUAGCUGUCUGCUUCAAUAUUGAUGGGCAACCAGGGGACAUUCUCAGACUGGUCUCCGAUCAUAAUGAGUCUGGUGUAACUGUGAACGGGCAGUUAAUUGGAGCCCCGGCUCCUCCCAAUGGCCACAAGAAACAACGCACCUACUUCACCACCAUCACGAUCCUCAGCAAUAAGCCAGAGCGAUCCUACGUCGAGAUCACACCCACCAAGGUCAUCCUGGAUGAUGGGGAAAGACUCAUUUUGCCAUGUGACCGGAGUGCCACGGUGGGGAGCAGUGGCCUGGAGGUGUCUAUCUUUGCCAAUUCCAAUGUCACCGUGGCAAUACACGGCACCAUCAGCUUCAUCAUCCUGAUCCACCAGUACAAGAAUCCUGCCCCCUACCAGAGGAAUCACCUGGGAUUCUACAUUUCCAACAGUAAAGGGCUCUCCCCUCAUUCCCAUGGACUGCUAGGUCAGUUCUUGUACCAUGAAGUCAAACUUACCCAGGACCCUCUGGGUGGAAGUCCCCAGCUGGUCAGUCAGAACUCAACAGAAGAGCCGAACCCGAGGCCAGUGAAUGUGCUAAAGGUAAAAGGUAGGCUGGUUCCUGUCGUGUGGAAGCAGAGGAAGAUCUACAACGGUGAGCAGGAGGUCGAUUGCUGGUUUGCCAAGAACAAUGCAGACAAACUGAUCGAUGGAGACUAUAAGGAUUAUCUUGCUGCUCAUCCCUUCGACACAGGAACCAGCUUCGGGAUGGCUAACAGACUUUAAGGCCGAUCACGGGUUGCAUCAGCAGAUUCAACAACAAUAACCCUGCGGGUGGUUCUUACUUUUUUUUAGUGCCAAAGAAACAAAUGUUUUCCCUUUGGAAAUCAGCUUCCCCACUUCUGUACUGGCAGAUCAUGGUGUUGAGUGCAGGGAGGGUGAGGUUUGGGCUAAAGUGCUCUCCUGGUGGAAAGGGAGGGAGAGAGAAGGUAUGUCAGAUUUAGCAGUACAGAAAGAUACAGGUGUAAAAAUAAAUACCCAGGUGGAUCUGCGCAAUACCCACCAGCGUCUGGCUACUCACAGAAUGUAAGACAUAAGUCAUACAACACAACCUUUCCUUUGAUAACAUGACAUGAGGUACCUGCUAUCAUAACUAUCUGGGGCAGACGUACUUUUAGGGAAAGCAUCCCACAAAGGAAAGCCCACGGGGUCAUCAGAGGGUUAAUGAACAAAUUGAACGCAGACCCAGUGAGCCACAGCAGGGCAUUGGUUUCUUGGCUAUCCAUACACGUGUUGAAUGUGGUGUUAAGUGUGACAGCGUGUACCUCUAGCCACCAGAGAGGCUCACUAGUGAUAUACGCCCUCGUGAGGCGUCUUGCUGAUAGCGUAUUGGAACAUCCUAAAAAAGCAUUUACAGCCUGGAACAGUGACAGUGGUGGUGUAACUUACACCCCUUGCAGCAUCUUGACUAAAUGUUUCAAUCCAUGGUCUCUCCUGUCUCGGAAAGGAAGGAGGCUUCAACCCACACCACAUCUGCUUGAUCAUAGCACUAGGCACCCACUCUAUUUAAUAGAAGCUUUCUUAAAUUCUCUGAAUAGGAACAGUCAGCCAGACUCCAAAUCCACUGACCACAAAAUGGUCCCAGCUCUUGUACUGAAAUACAAAUCCCAUAUAACUGUUACAGUCUGGGCCCAUGGCAGAAUGUGAUCUUUAUUCAUUCCCGAUCCCCAAACGCUUAUAAUCUGACACUCCUCCUCUCUGCUUCCGUGCAACGAAGGCAAUUGGCAAAACGAGGUUGUGAAAUGGGCCGUUAAACAGAUACCCACGCUGCAGGGGUGUGUGGAAGCUGAGCAAGCCACUCACGAGGAUUUUGCCUAACCAAAAUGUAGAGACUGGUCUAUUUUAAAGCGAGGCAUCAUUUAAUAAUGCUGUGCGUCACCCUCCAGGGAGAUCUUUUAUUAGAAAAGGCUGCUAGAGAGGACGUCAGCAAACAUGAAGACAUGCAUGGGAGGCCAGAAUUGAACUAAAAUUUACUGUAUCUCCCCAGGGGCUCAAAGGGAAGGGGGAAAGGGGUGAAAGCACCUUAAGCAGCCAAAUGAUAUCCAGGUGUUCGGAGAGCACUGAAGAACUGCUUUGGCCUAGGAGAAAUAGACUAAUUCAGAGCUGAUAUUUGUAUAUUUAAACAUUAUAAUCACAUCUGGAGUCUAGGACAUCUUUCACACACAGCAUCCUUGUCCGUGUAGAAACCACCACUCCCUAAUGCUGUAUUGUGGGGAAGCACUGGGCUAGCAGCAUUGCUCAGUUCAAUCUCAUGUUUUAGUGAAUUUUCUUGCUUGUGGCAGAGAACGCUACCAUUAGAGCUGCCCACCUAAAGCCCCGCUAAGGUACCUCAAAUGCAGCGCUGCUGCCAAAAUUCUGCGAGUGCUUUGCAGUGAAAUUUGAAUCUGAGGGCUAUGGCUACGCUACAGACUUCGGCCAGCAUAGAUCUGUCAGUCAGGGAUGUGACGCGGGGCGAUCCCUGACUGAUGUGGCUGCGUCGACAGAAGCCUGUAGCAUAGCCAGAGCUAUACCAGCAAAACUGGGCGUUUACUAGGGUAGUUUGUUUCAUUCCUGGUGGGUGGCUUUACUACACUGGUCCUCUUGCUAAAGGACCCUCCCCCAGCCUUAGGGAAGGAUCCACAAGGUCCAGGAACUCAAAUAAUUACAGGGGACAACCAAAAAUGUAACAGGGGCAGGUGUGAAGGCAAAGGGUCAAACAAAGGGAACCUGAAGGGGACACCGAGCAGAGAACCCCGGACAGCACCCACUGCUCCUUGAAGGUGUCAAGGGAGCCCGCGGACGCCGCCCAGAGGGAUUCUGCCCAGAUAUGUGAGCAAAGGCCUGGAAAUAGGCCCCCCAGUCGCAGGAAACCCUCUCAGCCAACCUCCUCUCCCUGGUCUUAUAGAUGGCUACUUUGGCCAGUGCUAGGAGGAGGCUGACAAGGAGGUCCCGUGGCUUUGUGGGGCCACGGAUAGGGUGUGAGUAUAUGAAAAGGUGAGGGGAAAAGUGCAGCCAGAAAUGUAAAAGGAUGGUCAGGAGGAGCCAGAACAGGGGCUGCAACCGGGCGCACUCCAGGUAUACGUGCACCAGGGUCUCCCUCACGCCGCAAAAGGGACAGGGCGCCAAACACACGCCUGUGCUCAGUAUAGCUGUGUCCACACUAUAGUACUUUGCCAGUAUAGUACUCUGGGACGCCCACAAAGCCCUAGUGCAGACAUGGUCUGAGGCCACCGCACUGGGCUUGGCUCUCUCAGGAAACAAUCCUCUCAAAAGAGCAAUUGGCAGACACUGCGGAACCGUGUUGCCUGCUGCCUUUCUCCUGAGCAGUAAGCACGGCGUUGGUUAGCAGGCCAAGGCUAAGCUUAGCCAGCACCUGUGUAGCGCCCAUGACCAGGAAGUGCUGCGAGGAGGGGAAUCUCGCAGAGGGUGGGAAAUUGUUCAGUUAAACUGGCUGCUUACCCUGAAAAUCGAUGGUGAUGAACCACGGUUGUCUGACUCCUGCACUGACUUGACUGUUUUAAUUGCAGCAAGCGACCUGGAUAUUGGUCACGUAAGAAACAUUCCUGAGCUCAUCAGACACCUUUGGACUGUGGUUAUUGCCACGGGAUUUCCCUGGGUUCGCACUUUCCACCUCCCGUCACCCAUAUUUCAGCUCUUUAGAGGCAGGGUCUGAGUUUUCUACAUAGUGUUGACCUGUUCAAAUGCAUGUUCCCUUCGAGGGCAGCUUAGUUAGGGCAGGUGUAGGGUUUUAUUCCGUUGUACACCCCCUUCUUCCCCCUUUCUGUACAUAAAUAUGUAUUGCUAAAGCUUCGAGUGCAUUACACGUCUCCCCCACCCCAUUAGGGACAUGCUAUUUCAGUUGACCCCAAAAGGAUGAAAUCUAACCCCAUAGGUAUAGGGAGCACGGACAACAGCACAGUUGAGAUUUGGUCAGUGGGGAUCCAGUUAUCACUUUUCACAAUAAAUAUACUUUACAGUGA